UCCUGAGUAGUUGCUGGCGCUGCAGGUGCAGCUAUGGGGUGAAUGCAAGCCUCCUGCAGCCUAUAUGGGAUCGGUCACUGGGACAGACGAAACCAUCAAACAUCAGCUUAAGUAAUGCAGCCGGGACUCUCAUGCAUCCUGCUUAGGAAUCAGGAGGGAGAAAACCACCCCCUGCAGUAUAACCCCUAAGCUAUGGUCUCUGACUGAUUUAAUUGCCCCGGGCAGAAUGCUGCUCCGUGUAUCCUUGCUGCUUGUUCAUCAGCUGAUGCAGAGAGGAGUUGGAGAACCCCUUCAAAAUGAUGAAACUGAAGGAGUGGCCUGUGAGGGGCUAGGGUCCUCUCUAACAUGGUACUUAAAUGGGGUGAAGCAAAGGGCAAAUGUAGGCAGAGAGCCCCCAUUUCUGUUACCAGUUUCUUCUGGCAGUUCCAGUAUACUCACCCUUACAGAAAGUAUAGGUGAUAACUGCAAUGAUACAUCACAAAGAGAAGAAUUGCUGAGUGUGCACUUCCCUGCGGACACCGCUGGUAAUACUAGGCAUGCCCCUGCACACUCUCUACUCCUCCUCCUUGUCAUCCGAACACAGCCUCCCUCGAGCUUUACUCUCAGAGACCAGGAUGGGAGACUCACUCUAAACGCCACUCGCCUGCUCCUGCUUGACACGCGUAAUAUGGAAGGUAAUGGAAGCCUCAAGGUCAAGGUCAGUACGGAGGACAAUCAGGUCGGCAGAUCAUCUGUAACAGCAAUGGGUGUCCUCGCCACCCGAAUUGAACUACCACUCAUGGCAUUUGUUGUGGGCGCGGCUGGAGUGAUUGCUGGAAUAAUAUUGGUGAAUUCCCUCAUCUGCUGCUUCUUACUAAGGAAGAAAAAGAAGGAAUAUGGUGUGAGAAAUCAUCUGACCCUCAGCACGUCUAAUAAUAUGAAGCUGAACAACAGUUGUCUUCCUCGAGAACACAUGUCUCUGCCAUCCAACCUCCAGCUAAAUGACCUUCGAUCCCAACAUAUAGGACAGGAUGUUUCGGCAGGAGAAACGCAGGAAGAUGUGUCUGCGCAUUGUAGAAUCUUGUCUGGAAACGGCUUUGAUCGUUUUCCACUAGUGGGCUAUAUUUAUAAAGCACCCAGCGUGAGCAGCGAUGAAAUCUGGCUCUGAUUUCCUUUCCCUUACACUUAUCUCUCCUCCCAUAUUUUUUCUCCUCCAUUUGAUCAGAAUUAAAACCAUAAGCAAUACCGAUGGAACUAACCCUUCUGUAUGAUUUCUUGGGACACUGCAUGUAUUAGGAUGUCAUUCCACUCCUAAUAUGCAAUAACAAAGAUGUUGAAGGCUUCACAAGAGUUCAGAGGCAUCCAUUCCUGCGGCAAUAACCGCUCUUUUUGGAUUUCACCUUGAAACGGGGCAUUGGGCUUCAUUACACUGCAUGAGUGACUGACUUUGUUGCCAUUGACAGCAUUAUGAAUACAAUGGCAACGUGAGCUACAUGUAUCGGUUAUUACAUUCUAUCUGCAUGUUGCAGGGAACUUGAUGUAUCGCCAGUUAAUUUUUUUAAGAAUUACCUGAUCUGUCCACUUGAUCCUAAAAUUCCCAAACAUCUUAUUACUUCAACUUUACAACUGCUAGUGAAGUUAAAUCAUGGUUUAAAGUGGUAAUGCAAAAUAAA